GUCAUCUACACAUGUACGUACAUUCGAAUGUAGUUUGGAUUUUCAUUUGAAAUUUCGAUUCGAUGGGCAGCAAGGGCAAGGCUGGUCUGGACUUCUCCGGCAAAGUGGUGCUUAUCACGGGCGCAGCCUCCGGGAUCGGGGCCGCCGCGGCGGAGAUGUUCUCGAAGCUGGGUGCCUGCCUGGCCCUGGUGGAUCGGGAGGAGGAGGGCCUCAUAUGUGUGAUGAAACGCUGCAUGAAGAUGGGCCACGAGCCGUACGGCAUAGCCGGAGAUCUGCUCAAGCCUCCGGAGAUCGAAUGCAUUGCGCGGAAGACCACGGAGCGCUACGAGGGCAAGCUGGAUGUGCUGGUAAAUGGGGCUGGCAUCAUGCCCACGGGAACGCUGCAGAGCACGGAACUGGCCUGCUUCACCCACGUGAUGGAGGCCAAUGUGCGUUCUGGGUUUUAUCUGACCAAGUUGCUGCUGCCCCAGUUGCUGCAGUGUAAGGGCAGCAUUGUCAACGUGUCCAGCGUCUGCGGACUUCGCGCUUUUCCCAAUCUGGUGGCCUACAACAUGUCCAAGGCGGCGGUGGACCAGUUUACCCGCUCCCUUGCCCUGGAUCUGGGUCCCCAGGGUGUUCGGGUGAAUGCGGUCAAUCCGGGUGUGAUUCGCACCAAUCUGCAAAAGGCGGGGGGCAUGGACGAGCAGAGCUACGCCGAAUUUCUGGAGCACUCGAAGAAGACCCACGCCCUGGGCCGGAUUGGGGAGCCAAAGGAGGUGGCGGCCGCCAUUUGCUUCCUGGCCAGCGAGCUGGCCAGCUUCGUGACCGGCGUGACCCUUCCUGUGGACGGUGGCAAGCAGGUCAUGUGUCCGCGCUAGUCUCUGCUAGGAUAUUCUAUAUGAUCAUCUGAUCCUGUCCAGACGAAUGUCUUUAAUUUUCCCUUGUUUUCCGCCGAUUAAGUCCAUUACUACGAACUUGAAAAUUUUAAGUAUCAAAUUAAAUCUUGCGUACGUUGCCAAU